GUUUUAGCCUGUUUUGGUGUUUUUUUUAAUUUCAGAAGUUGGCAACCAACUAUUGCCAAUGAAGUGCCAAAAUUUAGUGUAGUUGUGAAAAUUUAAAUUUUACGGUAUCAAUUAAUUAUCAAUUGUUACGUUAAAAAUAAUGUCAGGCUAAAAAUAUAUUGCUGCUAUUUAUGGUUAAAUGGUGUGUAUUUAAUUCUAUACAGGUGGUUAAUAAAUGGAGUAUAUUCACUUCAAAUAAAAUACGUUGCUUGAACCAUUUAGAAUACAAAAAAAAAAUGCAUUCGUUGACAAUUAAAGCAAAUUUUAUUAUUUUAAAAUAAAUUGCAAAUUAUAUAGUUAAUUAGAAUAUGCGAGCAAGUGUUGUGCUGACAAAUUCGCAUAUAUAAAUAUAAUUAAUGUUUACAGUUAGGCACAUUAUAUUAUCCUGAAGCUAAAACUGUUCCGGAUGACGAGUUUAAACGGUCCCAGUGGGACGGAUUAUAGCGAAAUUGUAUAAGAAUUAUAAGGUAGCAAGUGGCAGCACCACAUAUCUACAGGUACGAUCCAAAUUAAAGAGACCGGCGGCUGUGAAAACAACACGUCGAUGUGACAAUUGCAACGACAAAGGCAAUAGACGAUCAUGCACGGCCGAUUCAUCAGAUAUGUUUAGUAUUUUAUGCACAAUAGCUGCUGUUUUAUUGCUUUCCUUAAUGGUUUUGCUGCUACCCUCUACAAUUAACAAUAUUAUGACCACAUACCACAACAUUUGCGUUAUGAAAAAGGCGAAGAAUUCAUCGGCUUCAAAUUUGUCAACCCGACUAGGCGUAAUGACCGCUUCUAAUAUGUAAAAGUCAUCAAAUAGAAUAAAUAGAAAUGAAAUAGCGAUAAUAGAUAGCAUUGGAUAAUUAAAAUAAUCCUCGAUUGUGCAACAAAUGUCACAAAGUAGAUUAUGCACAUUGCUGACUUGUUUGAGCGCUGCUUCAGGAUUGCGACGUACUAGGGAAGUGACGCUAUAUCGUGGACGUGGCGUAGCUAUUGGUUGAAUAACCGAUGACGCAUGCCGUGAUGGUAUAUUAUUGAAACUAUGUAGGUGUAUUACUGAGUGCAUUGGUGAGAGCUCAACUGCACCGCGCUCCUCAAUACAAGAGUCGAGUAUAUCCUGUAGUAUCUUUAAGUUAUGUACCUCAUUCAUCAUUCUAAAACGCGUACGUGUCAGAUGUGUGGUACAUAGAAACUUAAAAACCAUAAUGCUGAUAUUUAAAUGUGGCAAGGCAAACGUGGUAAAAACUACAAAUGAUGGCCAUAUCUCUGCCGAGCGCAAUAACAUAUAACUGACCAAUAAAUAAACAAAGUUGAACAGCAAUAAUCCUAACGAAGUAACAAAUGAGUACAUCAGUAUUUUGCGAUAAUCGAGCUUCAGCCCCAAACGCAAAAAUAUAUCAUCAACCACUAAACAGUUUUGUAUGAUUGUGAGCAGUAAAUUACGCUAAAAUUGAGCUAAAAAUCAUCAACAUUGCUAUUAUGCCACUUAAAGAGAGUGUUGCAUCGCCCAAACGCGUUACGCUAGUCUGGAAGAAGUAGCUAAUGAUGGAGUCUCCUUCGCAUAGCGAUAGAAAAAAACACAGCACAUAAAAGAGGAAGUGCAAAAUGCCAGCAGCAAGUGAAAAGGCAGAAGUGCGCACUUCCUUACUAACACUCAAGCGAAAUGGUGCCAAACCGAUUAGGGAUAUAUAUGCUAACGGUCGAAGUGAUUGUAAAAUGCUAUCCGAUUGCGUUAAACGUUUUAAAAACUGCCAUGCCAUUAUGAAAGCGCACUAUAUUAUUAAACGUUGCUUUAGUAUGAACGCACAGUUGAGUAUAUAUAUGUAUAUGUAUAUGUAUGUAUAUACUCCGUAUUCGUAUCGCACGCCCAAAUAACCACCUUUUAUAGGUCAAUGUCAACCGGAAGACAAUAGGUAAAUGCUUUGUAUACGUCCGUAAGCGUCGCGCACUUGUUGAUUACUGUCGCGAAAUUCCGUAUUGUCACUGAAAUAGUUCCGAGUUUCUUGGCAUGUCCUUUGAGUUGAAUUGUAUAAAUAGUGUAUAAAGAUAUUGUUGUAUUGACGCGUCACUGAUGAACUUUCGGUUGCUCGGAGGUGUGUAGGAGUGCCGCGCUGACUUUCAAUACGACAAAUAUGGUUAGUGUAUGGUGGCGGUAAAGAGAGUUUACAUGCCAUAACGCGUUAAGAGGACAUUACCCGUAAUCGGAGUAAUUGAUGUAAUUAGCUACAAUUGCUAUCAAUAUAUCAAAUAAGUAGUGAAUUGUGACACAAUUUGCACCAACCAAAUUAAUGAAGGAUACUCUUACUUAAAUACAAACAUUCAGCUCCAAGAAGUGUACGACAGUUAAUAAAUAAACCACGAAAGAUGUCGCUGUUACGUACUGUAUUGUUGCUGGCUUUCGGUGCCACUGUCGCCUUGGCUCAACGUCGUCUAGCGUUGCCGGAUCCACGGAGUUGUGCUAAUCGUGUUCGCCAUGCCACGUACCGUGAUGCGCGCGGCGUUGCCCACUCGUACUUCUUUAGUUGGGAGCAUGCGCCGACACGCAGUCUCGAAGUCGACUGGUUGGAUGCGCGCAACAUUUGCCGUCGCCACUGCAUGGACGCCGUUUCGCUAGAAACACCACAGGAGAAUGAAUUCAUCAAACAGCGUAUAGCGCGUGGCAACGUGCGUUACAUCUGGACUUCAGGUCGUAAGUGCAAUUUCGCUGGCUGUGAUCGUCCCGACUUGCAGCCGCCAAAUGAGAAUGGCUGGUUCUGGUCUGGUUCGGGUGCCAAAAUCGGACCCACCUCGCAGCGCAACACCGGCGAUUGGUCACACACUGGCGGCUACAAUCAACCACAACCGGACAAUCGUGAGGCUGCACAGGGCAACGACGAAUCGUGCUUGUCGAUUUUGAAUAACUUCUAUAACGAUGGACUCAAGUGGCACGAUGUGGCUUGCCAUCAUUUGAAGCCGUUCGUGUGCGAGGACUCCGACGAGUUGUUGAACUUUGUGCGUUCGCGCAAUGCUGGUAUUCGUCUGUAAGGUGGCGGUCACUGGUUGCUACGAAUGAUUGCGGAUGUGUUGGUUUUACUGUUAGUUUGUCAUGGAAUGGAUUGUGCAGUAAUGGUUGUGGAUGCUUGAUCGUAAUGUGGUUGGUGACUUGUGGAACGUGACCUUUGUUGCUGUUUUUGUUUAUGUUUAUGAUUUAUUUUUAUUAUUAUUUGUAAAGUUUUGGUUUAAGGCUUACAGAUUUUUUCUCAAUUGGCAAGAAAUUUUCUAAGGUUUGAACAAAACUCUGUUUUAGUUUUUAAGUGGAAUUUGAAAUUAAUUUAUGUUAAAAUUAAAAAUAAAUCGAAAAAGUUUAUUGAAAAUAUUUCAAAUUUAUUGUAUUAUUAUUCUCGAUUUGCUAAGAAAACAAAUUUGUCGCACAUUUGUCGUUGUUAUGCCUUCUCGACACCGCUAAGUUGCCUAGUAACACGCGCUUAUGUAUGUAGUACAUAGAUAUGUAUUUAUACGAGUAAAUAACCCCUAUUUUAUUAUAUAUAAAAUAUUCUGGUUUACUGAUUUUGUACAUUUCGGCUGAUUUUUUUUCGUUUAGCGAGGGUAAUGCAUUUAACUAACUGUAAUCAAUAACACAAACAAAUUAAAAUUAA